GUGCCCCAGGUAACACCACGCCCAGAGAUGCCUGAGGGGCCUGCUUGCUUUGGACCGGCAGGCCAAAGGGACUGACCCUGGAGUUAACCCAGACAGGGCAGAGUUCACGGCUCUUUCCUUCCAGUUUCUGCUGACCUCAGAAGGAAGAUGAGUCUUAAAUCUGAGCGGAGAGGGAUCCAUGUGGACCAGUCGGAGCUCCUGUGCAAGAAAGGAUGCGGUUAUUACGGCAACUCGGCUUGGCAGGGCUUCUGCUCCAAGUGCUGGAGGGAGGAAUAUCACAAGGCCCGGCAGCGGCAGAUUCAGGAGGACUGGGAGCUGGCUGAACGGCUCCAGAGGGAGGAAGAAGAAGCCUUUGCCAGCAGUCAGAGCAGCCAAGGGGCCCAGUCCCUCACCUUUUCCAAAUUUGAGGGAAAGAAAACCAACGAGAAGAGUCGCAAGGUCACAACAGUGAAGAAAUUCUUCAGCGCCUCCUCCCGCGGUGGCCCCAAGAAGGCAGAGAUUCAAGAGGCAAAAGCUGCCAGCCCUUCCAUAAACCGGCAGACCAGCCUGGAGACAGACAGGGUGUCCAAGGAGUUCAUAGAGUUUCUCAAGACCUUCCACAAAACCGGCCAAGAGAUCUAUAAGCAGACCAAGAGCUUUUUGGAAGCCAUGCAUCACAAGAGGGAGCUGAGGAUAGAGGAACAGUCUGAGUGCGCCCAGGAUUUCUACCAGAAUGUGGCCGACAGACUGCAGACCCGGGGGAAAGUGCCCCCAGAGAAGAUGGAGAAAGCGAUGGAUCAGAUUGAGAAGUACGUCAUGACGCGGCUCUACAAGUAUGUGUUUUGUCCAGAAACUACUGACGAUGAGAAGAAGGAUCUGGCUGUUCAAAAGCGGAUCAGAGCCUUGCACUGGGUUACUCCACAGAUGCUUUGUGUCCCUGUUAAUGAAGAAAUCCCAGAAGUCUCUGAUAUGGUAGUAAAAGCCAUUACAGACAUUAUUGAGAUGGAUUCCAAGCGUGUCCCCCGAGACAAGCUGGCCUGUAUCACCAAAUGCAGCAAACACAUCUUCAAUGCCAUUAAGAUCACCAAGAACGAGCCAGCGUCCGCUGACGACUUCCUGCCCACCCUCAUCUACAUUGUUCUGAAGGGCAACCCCCCACGCCUUCAGUCCAACAUCCAGUAUAUCACCCGGUUCUGUAAUCCAAGCCGACUGAUGACUGGUGAGGACGGCUACUACUUUACCAACUUGUGCUGCGCAGUGGCUUUCAUUGAGAAACUGGACGCUCAGUCUUUAAAUUUAAGUCAGGAAGACUUUGAUCGCUACAUGUCUGGCCAGACCUCUCCCAAGAAGCAAGAGUCUGAGCACUGGGCUCCUGAUGCAUGCCUAGGGGUUAAACAGAUGUAUAAGAACUUGGAUCUUCUCUCUCAGCUGAACGAGCGACAAGAAAGGCUUGUGAGCCAGGCCAAGAAGCUUGAAAAAGACCUCAUCGACUGGACUGAUGGAAUCGCCAAGGAGGUUCAGGAUAUUGUGGAGAAGUAUCCCCUGGAAAUCAAGCCCCCAAGCCAACCUUUAGCAGCCAUUGACUCGGAGAAUGUCGAAAAUGACAAACUGCCGCCACCCCUGCAGCCGCAGGUCUAUGCAGGAUGAUGCCCAUUUAACUGGGAAGUGUUGGCUGGGACCCAGGCCCGAGUUAGGCUGUGUUACUCACUUCCUGCUGAUUGGAAGCCAGCAUAAAAGGAAGGACAUGCUUAGGAGGGUUACUGAAGUACAUUUUUCCAAGGUACAGUUUGGGGGCGGGUUAAUGUGUGAGAAAUACUAUUUAUUUGAGUUAUUAAAGUAGGUAGGUUCUGAGGAGGCUUUUGUGUAUUUUUUUAACUGAACCUGCCUUUUCUACACAAAGCCAUUGUCAUUUUUAAGAAACACUAGCAUCAUUAACAGAUUUUUUUCCCCCCCUAAGGCUUCCUCCCAGGCAUGCACUGUGAUUUGGUUUCAGUUCAGUCAUUGCUUCAAGUGGAAGUGCAAGGUUGUGUAGGUUUGAGAGGAACUCAAUGGUACUACUGUCCCCAAGUUCGAGAUUAUUUUGUAAUUAUAAAGAUGGGAAAUACAUUGAGGAGUAAAUAUGUAGAAUUGUAAAUAUGUAAAGAAAAUGGGUAUUUCUGCUGUGCGUGGCAGUGUGUGAGUUUAUCUUCUGAGUACAAAAUGAUAUGUGACUGUCUGCCUUUUUAACAGCCACUGUUCAUUUUUGGUUCAGCUCUUUAAAACGAGGCUGGCAGAAUUGAGGUGUUUGGGCAUCCAAGACUGGUCCAUUUUUGUAGCAUGAUGACUUUGUAAGUCUGUCAGCCAGGAGGGUCAAACCCACACUAGGAUCUCAUUAAGGUAUUGAUUGUCUUCACCCCACAUCGUGUCAAUGGUUAAAUAUGUAGCCCGCUGGAAACUUUGAACCAUGCUGUUGCCCAAACCAUUUAGAUGAACCAUCUUUGUGUGAGUUUCCUUCACUCAGGGAAGCUGGCCCAGGGUUUGGAUUGGGUGAAUAAAGAACAGUGGUUGGGGUCAGGGGGCAGGGAGGGGCAGUAAUGCAGAUCAGUAGAUGUCAAGGGCACCCCAGCCCCUGGGCAGAGUGGUCAUGAUCUCAGCCUGCGGAGAACACUUCCAUUGUUGCAGUUACUUAGCCGUGCUUGUCAUUUGAGCACGGUCAUUGCUUUAUGGACUGACCAACACAGUCAUCCUGCACUCCCCACUCUGUGAAUGAGAAAGCAAAGACCCCACCGUCUGUGUCACCAACUGGCAUUAACCACCCGAUGAUGGAAUGGCACAUCCCGGGCACUGUGUGUCUUAACCUGACAGUUUGUGAGGCCUCCACAGGAUGGAAGUCGGUAUUCCAGUGGAAUGUUCUCUGUCUUCUUUUCUAUCCUUCUUUGGGGUCAGUCUCACCAGGACUUAACCUGUGUACCUGUAACAUGCCCGUGCUUUCCCAAGGCAACCUUCUGGAGCGGUGAUGUGUUACGCCAUCCCACACUCUUCUACUAACGCAGCUCCCUAGUCCCUAGUGAUUUCAGGCUAAUCGCGGUGUGUCCCUUCCCCCCCACACACACACACACUCCAUUUACUCAUGUACAGCUUGUCCCAACAAGGACGGGUCCCCAUAAAUGCUCUGAUAGAUGGGCUCAGUGGCUGAGUAGCUGCUGCCCUGGCUCUUAGAUGAUCCAUGACCCAGAUGACUCUUGGGAGAAGGCUUCUUUUCCUUUGGGCUGUUCAUUUCCUCACAUUCUCUAGGUGCUAAUCCAGGUACAGGCACAGCCUCACUGUCCGAAAGUUCUUACUGUGUACACUGCUUUUGUGGAAUAAAACUGUGGAUGUCCCCCUCUCA